AAUAUUGGAUUCAAGCAACCAAGUGUGUUGAACUGGCUAUUGUCCAGACACGCUUUGUACAUCACAUAUCAACAAACGUCGGUUGUUCAUCUAGGUUGUGCACAUUUCGGUUCCGCAGGUUUCUCAAAGCGGCUGUUCAGAAAAGAAGCUUUUAAUUUGUCAGUGGCGCGUUUCCGGUUCCUUGUAUCGUUGGCGCAGCUGUGGCUGAGGAGGCAACUGUGCCUCAGUCACUGCCGUGUUAUUGCAUUACUCAUUUUUCUUUAACCAGGGCUCAUUUCCCAGUGCGAAUGAAAGUCCUGGGGGGGCAGAGCCGCUUUUCGUGUAACUUUAACCCGCGAAGAUUGGACUCCAUGGAGGUCGUCGACAGUCCCCUCAACCUGGCUCAUCAGCAGUGCAGAAAGGCAGAUCGCCUGCUCGCAGCAGGAAAGUUUGAAGAGGCAAUUUCCUGCCAUGGGAAAGCAGCGGAUCUAUUGACGAAUGCUCUGAAGAAAACCGGGUGUGAGCAGCAGGCCCGUCUCUCCAUGGAGCUGCAGAGGGACAGCCAUAUCAAACAACAGCGUCUGAUCCAGGAGCGCUGGAAGAGAGAGGCCCGGCGCCAAAUGACCAAGGCCCAAGCUGUGCAGGGGACUCCUUCCAGCAGUCCAGCCCUGGUGCAUCAGAGUCCAGCCUCAGGCCCCCUCCGGGAGUCCUGUGCCGCGGGCGCCGGCAUGCAGGAACGGGAGUACGACACUUUACUAUAUCAGCUGCAGAUCCGUCAGGCUGGGAGCAUACCACCUCAGAUACCUUGCCCCGGUUCCAAGGUCACCAAAGACGACAAGACUCGUCUAGAGGAACAGCAGACCACCAUCGAGUACCUGCGGAGCCUGGUGGACCAACUCAUUAAUAAAAAUCUGGAGCUGGUCAAAGAGAACAAGCAGCUGAAGUUGGAAAAUGCCCGCCUGCGCUCCGAGGAGACUGAGGAGGACCUAGAAGAGCACGCCGACCUGUGGAUGCUCUCGCCGGCAGAGGGCAUCAUGGGCACCAUCGGAGGAGCUCAGAGGAAAGCAACGGAUCAAGAGAGUGACAGUCCUGUUCCCAUGCCAACAGAGGAGGACCUGUGUGACCUGCCGCCUCUGGAGUUGCCAAACCUUAAUGAACUGCAAGAGAUACUUGAAAAGGACAAACUGUGAUUGGAAACACAGUUUCAUUUCUGGUGAGGUCAGACUCGUGCCACAAUGUUUGGCUUUGGAUUUCUACAGGGACGGUCCAGCUUCUCAGGUGACAUGUCUGCCGUCUGACACCCGAAAUGAUUUUUUUUGUAACAACCACUUCAGGAAAGUGAGGAACUGCUCAAGAGGUCUGGACGUGUGUCCUGACACGAUGGCAAACCAUGAGAAUCUGCUGCUCCUCCUGUCAGUGAGCAUCACGUCACUGCUGACUUUGAUGCUGAAGUGAAUUGUGUCAACCAUGAAAGAAACUGGAGCUACAAGGGGCAUUUAAUCAGAUCGUGGCUGACGCUCGUUUGAUGAAUGAUAUUCAUGAACGUUAAAAUAUGCAACAAUCUUAUUCCUUGAAACAAACUCAAGCAUUAUGCACAAGCGGCGGUUGUCAUGAAGUGGAACCUCAUACCAACAACUCUCCAGAUACUUGAGCGGUGCCACAGGACUGAGUUGACAAACCUCCCAACAUGGUGGACACUGCAGCGUCAGUGACUGGAAAAGCCUGUUUUUGAAACUGUUGUUUAUUUAAUGUGAUAUUGAAUAAAAUAGACAGGAAAAAUACUCAGUUUCAGUAAUUUUAUGGAACUACUUCCCCU